GCGGCGGGGCGGGCUCGGCUCUGCGGCGGCCGCACCGCACCGCACCGCACCGAGCCGUGCUGAACCGAACCGAGCCCAGCCGAGCCGUGCACAGCCCCCCCCCCGGCCCCACCGCACCGCUCCCGGUCCCUCCGGACCCGACCGGGCCGUCCCGGGCCGAACCGAACCGAGCCGAGCCGAGCCGGGCGAACCGGAGCCGCCGCACCGGGAGCGCACCGGGAGCGCACCGGGAGCGCACCGGGGCCGGGCCGGGCCAUGCGCUGAGGCCGCCGCGCAGCCCGCAGCCAAGGGCGGAUCCCGGGCAGGACACGCGGCGGCAGCUUCUCCGGGGCACGAUGCCGGAGCAGAGCAACGACUACCGGGUGGUGGUGUUCGGCGCCGGCGGCGUGGGCAAGAGCUCGCUGGUGCUGCGCUUCGUCAAGGGGACGUUCCGGGACACCUACAUCCCCACCAUCGAGGACACCUACCGCCAGGUGAUCAGCUGCGACAAGAGCGUCUGCACCCUGCAGAUCACCGACACCACGGGCAGCCACCAGUUCCCGGCCAUGCAGCGCCUCUCCAUCUCCAAGGGCCAUGCCUUCAUCCUGGUCUUCUCCGUCACCAGCAAGCAGUCCCUGGAGGAGCUGAAGCCCAUCUACCAGCAGAUCGUGCAGAUCAAGGGCAGCGUGGAGAGCAUCCCCAUCAUGCUGGUGGGCAACAAGUGCGACGAGACCCAGCGGGAGGUGGAGAGCCGCGAGGGGGAGGCCGUGGCCAAGGAGUGGAAGUGCGCCUUCAUGGAGACCUCGGCCAAGAUGAACUACAACGUCAAGGAGCUCUUCCAGGAGCUGCUCAACCUGGAGAAGAGGAGGAACGUCAGCCUCACCAUCGACGGCAAGCGCUCCAGCAAGCAGAAGAGGACAGACAAAAUCAAGGGGAAGUGCAGCGUCAUGUAGAGCCCCGGACUGGCCCGCGCGCCCCCCUCCCGGUGUCCCCUCCCUCCCCUCCUCCACGGCCGGACAGCGGUGGCAUCGCAGCGGGGCCGUCCCCUCGCCCUCCCCGUGGCCGUGUUGGGGGGGGGCUGUGGCAGGUCGGCGGCCCCAGGGGUGGGGGGCAAUGGUGGGGCUGGGCCAUGGACCCGUGGGGACAUGGAUGGGGACACGAGGCCGGGCACGCGUCCACGCACCGCAGCACAACCGGACACUGGGACACGGGGACGGGGACAACGCGUGGGGACCCCACCGGGAGCAGAGCCCGGGGCCACGGAGCGGGUCCCGGCCCCCCCAACCCCCCUUGGGCCCCGUGCAUGGGAAGGACGGCGCCAGGCGGGGGUGGCGGUGUCACCCCCCGGGUGACAGUCACACCACUCCCGGGCUCUCCCCGUGCCCCUUGCUGCACUCUUCCCUGGGCAGGAUCCCCCCCUCAGCUGCACCCCGCUGCCCGCAGAGCCCCCAGCCCCAUUCCCAUCCCCGGUCCCCCCCCCCAGCAGCCCGGAGCCGCCAGCCCAAGCACAAAGCAUCGGGUCCGACCGCGGUCCUGACCCAGCACAAUCCUGGCGAGCUCGGACAGAGCCCCCCCCCCAGCACCCCCACCGGCCGUGAAUGCGGUCGGGGUCCCCCCUGCUCCUGCAGAGCCCCCCCCAAAUCCCCAGCACCCCCCAUCCGCUGUCCCCCCACCCUAUGGCCCCCCAGCUUGUUCCCCCCCAGCCGGAGCGGGGCCCCCGUGCCGCCAGCAGCCCCCCCAAAUCCUUUUGGGGUUCGCCCCUCUCUCCGGCCCCACUCCCCCUGCCCCGGGGCCACGCAGCCCCCACGCCACGGGGGUGCCAAGAGCAGGGCGGCCCCCCCCCCUUCGUGCUGCACCCCCUCCCCGCUCCCCCGGCGUUUUAGGAGGCGAGCCGAGCGACCAGGGGACAAGGUGCCGCGACGAUGUAGCCUUUAUUCUAGAAAUAGUCUUCCUUCAAUAAAGAGAUGAGAAACGC